CCCUUGAAAGUGCAGCUGACAGAUUUUAGAAGUCAGUGGGGUAAAUAAGUCAACUUAUUACACGUCGUUGUCGGCAAACAACUAAAUUUUUUUCCUAAAUAAGUUGUCAUCUGAUUAAUAAUAUAACAAAAUUCCAAAUUAAAAAAAUUUAUUUUUGACUUAAAAACAAAGAAAAUAUGGAUGUAUUAGUGUUUGGUUCAGCGAUUGUUGACUUCAUCUCCUACGCGAAUCGAUUACCCAAAGCUGGUGAGACGUUGCAUGGUGACAAAUUCUCAACAGGAUUUGGUGGCAAGGGAGCAAACCAAUGCGUAGCCGCAGCUCGAUUAGGUGCAAAAACUGCCAUCAUAACAAAACUCGGGGAAGAUUUGUGGGGUGCAAAUUACUUAGAACAACUGCAGUCAGAAAAUGUGAAUGUAGAUUUUGUUCAAAAAUGCCAAGGACAGACCACCGGCAUUGCGCAAAUUUGUGUAGCUGAUAGUGGCGAAAAUCACAUAGUAAUAGUGGUAGGAGCAAAUAAUUUACUUAGUUCCGAGGAUGUCAAGCAAGCAAAGAAACUGUUUGAAACUGCAAAGAUACUUGUUUGCCAAUUCGAGACACCACUGAAUGCAACUUUGGCAGCAUUGCAAGCCUUUAAGGGUAUUUCUAUUUUAAAUACAGCUCCGGCACGGAAAAAUACGCCUUCAGAAUAUAUAAAGGCAGCUACCAUACUAUGCCUAAAUGAAACUGAAGCUGCUUUAACAACGGGAAUGGAUAAAGUAACAACUCUAUCGCAAGCAAAAGAAGCCAUGGAGCAUCUGCUUGAGAUGGGCGCCAACAAUGUGAUAAUAACCUUGGGUGCACUUGGUGCGGUUUAUGUCCGAUCUGACGAGCCCGAAAUGUUUAUACACGUAUCAGCAUUUGCAGUAGAUAAAGUUGUGGAUACUACUGGCGCAGGUGAUGCUUUUAUAGGGGCUUUGGCGUACAACUUAGCACAGUAUCCUGAUUUGCCUUGGCAUCAAUUAAUUGGUGCGGCGAAUCAAGUUGCUGCAUACUCCGUAAUGCAUCCGGGAACACAAACAAGUUUUCCAAAAGCGAAUGAAAUUCAAAAAGUUGCGGUAUAUGCUUGGAGUGAAAUAUGAAAACUAAUUUAAAAAACGUGGUUAUUUACUUAAUUUUUUUAUUUACAAAAAUUUAUUAAAUAAAAUUUUAUUUAAUUUGGUAAAA